UACACACACACUCACACACACAUAUACACACACAUACACACAGUGUGCUGAGAGCUAGCACGGGGCUUUAAACAGCUUCACACUAAACAGAGACAAAGGGACUGUAACUGGCCACAAUGGAGGAAAACAUGGAUGAAUCGCAGAGCCAGAAAGGCUGUAAGGAGUGCUGUGAGCGAUGUGUGGGCAGUCUGCCCUGGGCCUCUCUCAUUGCCACCAUUCUCCUCUACAUGGGUGUGGCCUUGUUCUGUGGGUGUGGCCACGAGGCUUUGAGCGGCACCGUCACCAUCCUUCAGAACUACUUUGAAGUCAUCCGAGCCCCUGGAGAAACGCUGGAUGUGUUCACCAUUAUUGACAUCCUGAAGUACAUCAUCUAUGGCCUUGCAGCUGGAUUCUUUGUGUUUGGAGUGCUGUUGCUGGUGGAGGGCUUUUUCACCACCGGAGCUAUUAGGGAUCUCUAUGGAGAGUUCAAGAUCUCUGCCUGCGGACGCUGCCUGACUGCAUUCCUGAUGUUCCUGGCCUACCUGUUCUUCCUGGUAUGGCUCGGAGUGACUGCAUUCACCAGCCUGCCGGUCUUCAUGUACUUCAACGUUUGGUCCAUGUGUCAGAACACCAGCUUGGCGGAGGGAGCCAAUCUCUGCCUGGACCUGCGUCAGUUUGGAGCGGUGACCAUCUCUGAGGAGAGGAAGGUGUGUACAGGAUCUGAGAAGUUCUUCAAGAUGUGUGAGUCCAAUGAGCUGGACUUGACCUUCCAUCUGUUCGUGUGCACACUGGCAGGAGCAGGAGCUGCUGUCAUCGCCAUGGUCCAUUUCCUGAUGGCUCUAGCUGCUAACUGGGGCUAUCUGAAGGACGCCAGCCGGAUUCAGAAGUACGAGGACAUCAAGUCGAAGGAGGAGCAGGAGCUGCAUGACAUCCACUCUACACGCUCCAAAGAACGUCUCAAUGCCUACACAUAAACACACAGCUACGAGAAACAACACGCGCACACUUACCUGUCAGACACACACAAGAUGAUAUACACACACACACACGCACACGCACACACACACACGCACACACACACGCACACACACACACACACACACACACACACACACACAGGGCCUGACACAAGCCUAAGGAUGGCAGAAACAUACAGUACACACCAACAUACAUACAUUCAAAGACACAAAUAAAGACACAAGUAGGCAGAAAUGAGUUAAUAACAUAAAAAUGAUGAAAACACAGACACCAUGCAGUAGAUCAUUGGCUCAGGUGAUCUAUGCUAACACUUUAGCUCCACUAUGUUGGUUUGCUCCAUACUUUGAUUAACUUCUGAGUGAAAGGAAUCCUUUAUUAGCUUUACCUUAAAAGUGAAAAUCGGAGGAAGUGGUGCUGGUGAUGGCAGAUUGCAUACUGCCCAAAGUCACGGAUAAGAAGCUGAAGGACUUCAUGAUAUUUCACUCUGAAGUUAUAAAGGCUUAAAUCUACCAGGGCUGGCCUCAGCCUUUUUGGGGCCCUGAGCUCGUCUCCCCACUUCAACCUCCAAUGUCCCCAAAGUAGCUUUGCGGCUUGUGAACGGAAAGAAUCUGGCCAAACAUCCCAGAAAGAAACCAAAAUAACCAUAAUACCUAAAACAACUGAACACGUCCAGUAUGUGUAUAAAAUAGAAUCAUGGAAUCAUACAAGAUAAUAACACGUUAAGAAAGACAAAUAAUGAACAGAAGAACCCAAAGAAAUGUUAUAUUUUAAUUUGCAUGUUUGUGGACCCCGGUGGCCGUAAGCUUUACCGGCUUACCGUCCGUUACCAUGGCGAUCAUCACAUUGGCUGUUAGCAUGGCACACUGAAGUCAACAAUCUACAGCAAACACACUGUUGAGUUUGGUGUCUAUGAGCUCAUCUUUUAAUGUGGAGCAAUGUCCCUGUGGCUCCCCAACACACACAUACACACACACACACACACACACACACACACACACACAUAGAUGUGGCUGAAUGGUCGGUGUUGUGUAGGCAGUGUUGUAUGGUGGUGUCAUGCUGUGUCGUGUCGUUUCGCCACAUUAUGAUGACUGGUAUUGGUCCCCAUGGAAAUGUGUACCUCCCGGGUACAAAUGGGUAGCUUUGAUAACUCCCCCCCAUCCUUUUCCCUUCAACCCUACCCAUCCUCUUUCUCUACUAUGUGACCUCUUCAUCUGGAGCCCAGUUUCAUUAGUUGUUCCACAUGUUCUUGCUCCACACACUGACCGGUACGUCCCACGAGCGGCCGUUUGCGGGUUUUUGAAAUGAAGCCCAGGCUUAAUAGUUCAUUCUAAUGAUAAUAAUGAUGAAACCAUAUGUUGAUUGAUUGAUAGAUGAUGUCAGAAAUUAUCUUAUUAUU